AUGGCGUCGGAUGGCCCACCUAGGUGGGAAGAAAGGAACGCCGUUCCGGUGUGGAACGGCAAGGCAGAGGACUUCGCCCACUUCGUGACUGAGGUGAAGUGGACGCUGUAUGCCACCAAGAGAGAGGAGCGACCGCUGUUAGCUGCGAGGAUUAUCCGGAAAGCGCUGCAGAGUGGACACAGCACUUUGGUUCAGCUUAUGUAUAAGUUGAACCCCGACGACUACACGACCGAGGGCAGCGUGCAGAAACUUGUGAAGUACUUAGAGGAGUCCCCGCUUAAUCGGCAGCCGCUCCCGGACGCAGGAACCAAGAUCGGGGCAUACUACCGCCGCCUGCUGCGACGACACCAUGAGCCACUGCCUUCCUUCCUGGUCCGCGAGGACAAGGUGCAUGAUGAUAUGCUAAGGGCUCUUCAGCGAUUGCUUCGUGAGCGCGAGCUAGUGUUCGAGGGAUAUGACACAGACGUGGAGGAGCUGAAGCGCUUUUGUGGGAUUCAGGAAGGCGAGUCAGUUUACUUUGGGCCCCCGGAGGGCGACGAUGCGGACCCUGACCCGGAGGCCGGAGAGCAGCCGGCGGAGACGGAGGAUGACGAGAGCGAGGACCGCGGCCGGCGAUCGAGGCACAGCUCGCGGUCUUCGAGAAGGAGCUCAAGGCAUGGCAAGGGAUCCGAGAAAGGGUCCUGGAAGGGAGCCCCACCUCGGGGCAAGGACCUGCUGGAGCGUCUGAUGGAGAAAGGCCUCAUGCCACUAUCAGCCCUUGAUGUCAUCAGAGGCUGGAUGGUGCUGGAGAUGUCGACCUCAACAGAAGAAGAACGCCGGGUGAUAAAAGCCGCCACGCGCAACCGGCUUGGCUACCAGGAGGUUCGGCAAGCCUUGCUGUCAAUGUUUGAGGACCGCGGCGGCAAGUCGGCCCGGACUUUCGCUCCCGGCAAGGGCGCCUACCACGUGGAGCUGGACCGGGAGUAUGCGGACGACGGCGCCUACUACACGGACGCCGCCUACGUGACGUACCAGGACGACGGCGGCGAGAACAUGGACGAUUGGUGGGGCCAGCCGGCCCAGUGGGGAUACUACACGGAGGCCGAGCCCGGCCAAGAAUGGAGCGCCAACUGGGCCGAGGAGGAGGCCGACCCCGGCGAGGCGGAGAUCGAGGACGAGGUCUAUGCGGUCUUGAAGGACGACCAGCGGGAGUAUGAGAACCAGCGGCAGGAGAUCGAGGCGAUGUUGGCGGAGAACGACCGGAACCUGAUGGAAGCGAGAAGGGCAGUUGCAGCAGCUGCCAAGGACCGGGGCUGGGGCUCAGUACAACAGCGCCAGCCGAAGCCAACCUCGACCUAUAUGUCCAAGAACAACAAGGGCAAGGGACACGGCAAAGGAGGCGGAAAGAAAGGAGCAAAGCUGGUCGAAGAAGCCAACUGGGUGAGCAAAGGCCAGGGCAAGAAGGGCAAACCUUUUUCCAAGGGGGCCAGCAAAGGCCCAAAAGGACCGCCGACGUGGGCACAUGCAUACCACCUUGACGGCGGCCUGGAGUUCUUCACCACGGUUUCGGAAGCGGAGGCCCGCGGCUCUACAUCGACAAUGGCGGCAUCUGAGGGCUUAGUGGAUACCGGUGCGACGGCGACGGCUGGAGGCCAAGACGCUGUCGAGCGGCUUUGUGCAGCGGUGGCCGCAGCUAGGCAAGAGACUCAGAUCACCGUGUUCGAGAGCGAGAGGCCAUACUUCCGGUACGGCAGCGGGAAGUGGGGAAGGGCUCUUUAUCGAGUGUGCUUGGAAUGUGCGGGUAUGUCCUUCAGCAUGUUUGCCUUGCCGAGCGAAGGGGUGCCAGUGCUUGUGGGCAUGCGCGAGCUUCGUCAGAUGAAUGCCUUUCUCGGGUGUGCCACGGGCCGGACAACCGUCACAAAGGAGAUCAAGUCCCUUGGGCCCCCGCUGGCAGACACCUACCACCAGGACCUGGGGAACCCCAACGACAUCAACCGCUACCACUGUGAGCCCUCCGCGGACAACCUCAACCGACAGAGCAACAGCAACCGCACAGAAGAACGAGCAGGUCAACUACAAGUGGGAAUAUGGGCGCUACAUGUGCCAAGCGAGACAGCAGCAACUCCCCAUCGCCACGUGAUCAUGGCAACCGGCAGCGGAGACCCUUUGCCCAGCGAGAUGAAGGCAGCGAUCCAGGCCGCCGUGCGGGAAGCGAUCGCCGGGGAGCUGAAGAAUACGAUCACCGAGGAGCUGAAGAACACCAGCACCAAGACGAAGGGCAAAGGAUGCAGCCGAGGCAGUGGGGAGAAGACGGAAUACGACACCACCCGCAAGCAAGGACCGGACGAGCGAGAUCCCCGUGGCCGGGCCGACCAAUGGCCAUGUCUGGGCCGGCACUCCUACGGCACGGGCGCCAACCGCUAUGGCAAGUGGUCGGAAUGCACGGUGUGCGGGCAUCGGGUCUCGUACAUCCCCGCUCGCGACGCACCUGGGCAGACGACCAAGACCAACCUGCCGAUGAAUGUGACCGAGGCCUUGGACCGGCUGAGGGCGGAAGGUCGCGACCCGGCGGGCUUGGAGGUGAAGGACGUGAAGUCGAUGAUCGAGAUCGUGGCGAGAGAGAAACGCCUCCUGUAUGGCAAGCCGAAGUCGAAGACCAAGCCGGCGGCCGAGCCGAAGCGGGGCACCAAGAACAAGGACCCGAAGACGGCGGUGGUCGUCGAGGACGAGGAUCUCGACGGCUACGACCGGGUGGAGGCGACGGAGAAGUCGGAGCCCGAGUGA